GUAGGAACUAACUAGAAGCAGAGAAGCUCGCUCCCUACAUCGCCAAUAUAUAAAGAGCGGGAAUGUGAAAAUUUCGAAAGAGUCCCCACAGAGAGAGACAGCGACGGUGACGACGGCGGCGGAGAUGGAGGAAACCAUAUCCCGCAUAGCGGCGGAGUUCGAGGACCUCCGCGACAACCACCACACAACAGACCCACCACCUCUCUCUCAACAAUGCCUCUCCGAUCUCCAACGCCUCCUCAACUCCUCCCAAACCUACGCCCUCGAGCAUCUCCUAGAAGCCGUUUCCCUCUCCUCCCUCAUCCCCUUCAUCGCCUCCGCCAUGGAAUCCACCCCCACACACCACUCCCUCCUCGCCUCCGACGUCUUCCUCUCCUCACUUCUCUCCCUCGACGCUCCCGUCUUAACCCUCUUCACCCCUCUCGCCUCCCUCUCCUUCCUCCGCUCCCUCCGCCGCUGCUUCAAAACCACCCCCUCCUCAAGCCACCACCACCAUCGCAAGAGAAAGCGUCCUCCCAAGAAAACCCCCAAAAUCGCCGCCGGCGGCGGCGACGAUGACGACGCCGCCGAACACCUCGAUGUUAGGGUUCUGCUCCCACUGCUGGAGAAGCUCGUGCGCGUCAUGGGUUUGAUCCACCUCGACCUCUUGCCGGAGACCCUCAAGUCACUGGUUCAGACCAUCGCCGAGGUCCCUGUGUUGGCGCUUGAAUCGUUCGGAAACACUGUGCAAUACGACAGGCUGGUUGGUCUCUGCUCGCGGGUGUUGAAGGAGGUUCUGAAACCACAGCACGGUGAGCCUUCUGAUACUGCAGCUGAGGUUUUGAAGUCGCUGUGCCCUCUCGUUCUCAUGCCCAAGUCGCAAGCUAGGACGUUUGCGCUCGGUUUUGUGACGGGUCUUGUUGGGGAUUCUGAUGGGGUGAAGAAGGCUCUGGUCAAUUUUCCGAGGUAUUUGGUGAAGAAGGCACCGGAUAAGGCUGAGCCCAGAGCCUUGGCUGUGGAUUCCAUCACAGAGGUUGUUCGGGUUAUGGCAUUGGAGGAUCAAGCUGAGUUUGUCAAGUUUGUGGUGAAGAUGGGUCAAGGGAAACAGAACCUUAGGCUUUUAGCAGUUGAUCUUAUUUUGAAUUUGGUGGCUACUUUGAAGGACCCAUUGGGGGUGAAUUCAGAGGGAGAAGGGAAAGCGGUGUGGGGGAUUUGGUGUUUGGAGGCGUUGGUAAAGCGUUGUUCGGAUUUGAGUGCUGUAGUUCGAGCACGCGCUUUGUCGAGCCUGGCGCAGCUGGUGGGGUUGCUCUCACGUGAUGCUAAUGCUAGUGUGGUUUUGAAGGAGUUUUUGGGGUUUGGUAAGGCUGGUGAUGACAAUGUUGAAGGUGGUGGAAUCAAUGGUAUGCUGAGGAGAAGGUGUGUGGAUGAGAAAGCAGCUGUGAGGAAGGCUGCAAUUCUUCUGGCUACUAACUUAACUUCUCUUCUCCGGGGUGCGAUUGAUGAGGUGGUGCUCAAGGCAAUGGGCAUGGCUUGUUCGGAUCCACUUGUUAGCAUGCGGAAAGCAGCGGUUGCGGCUCUUUCAGAGGCUUUCAGAACAUUUUCUGCCGAAACAGUAAUAACUGAGUGGCUACAUUCGGUUCCUCGUCUAAUAACUGACAACGAAUCUAGCAUCCAAGAAGAAUGUGAGAACAUGUUUCAAGAACUUGUUUUGGAUCGGAUAUCUAGAGCUGCAUCUACUACCUCUUCAUAUAGUGAGUCUAUAUCUAAUGGUUUGGACAAAGAGAUGGAGAUGCUUUUUCCCCAAGGAAUUAUGUUUCUUCUAAGAGAGAUUUGCAAUGGGGAGGUGAGCCCUUGGGUGAAGAAAAUUUGCACAAACUUGGGCAAAAAGAAACGGAUGAAUAAGAGAAUUGUUACUGCACUUCAGAAUAUAAUUAAGGAGUCUGAGACAAGGUGGCUGAGCCAUUCCAUGCCAAUAGAAAAGUGGACUGCCCCACCAGGUGCCUGGUUUCUUUUAUCAGAGGUGUCAGCAUUUCUUCCAAGUUUAGUGGAGUGGAAAUUUCUUCUUCAUCAUUGGAAGCUUCUUGACAAACAUGAAGUGGAAGGGGAGUUUAAAAGCCCUUUUUUACAAAAAAGUGCAUUUGAAGAGGAAGAUAGCACAGAAUGCAAUUCUGUUGCCUGGGCUAGUGACCGGGUUUUCCUCUUACAAACAAUGUCUAAUGUUUCUGUGGAGCUGCCUCCUGAGGCUGCAGCAGAUUUGGGUGUUAGCUUGCUCAAUCGGGUUGAAGAAUUCAAUAUGCAUUCAACGGAGGUUGAUGCUCAUGUAAAAACACUCAAGACAUUGUGCAAGCGGAAAGCUAGAAAUCUCGAAGAGGCUGAAGGUUUAGUUUUGAAAUGUGUAAACCAAGUUCUCUCCACAGCCUUUAAAAUAAUAGACAAGUUCGUUUCAGAGAAUCCAGGGCAGAAUACUGAAAGUGACCUCUUCACGCCACCUAGAAGUGGGACCAGUAAAGGCAGGAAAUCAGUAAGAAUGUGCAAGUCAUUGUCAAAAGCAACAACAGCGAUUUAUACAAUUGGGUCUUUAGUUAUUGUCUGCCCAUCUGCUGAUAUGAGCAAUAUAGUUCCAUUGUUGCAUACUAUCAUAACAUCUGGGAAUUCUGGCCCCAAAUUGGAUAAACUACCUGGCCCUGCAACCUCUCUACAACAAGAAGCUCCUUCUGUUUAUAUUCAAGGGUGGCUUGCCAUGGGCAAACUUUGCCUUGCUGAUGGAAAGCUUGCAAAGAAUUAUAUUCCUCUCUUUGUACAGGAGCUUGAAAACACUGAAUCUGCAGCUCUUCGCAAUAACAUUGUGGUCAUGAUGGCAGAUUUUUGUGUUCGGUACACUGCUCUUGUUGAUAGUUAUAUGACAAAGAUCACAAGGUGUCUCUUAGAUCCUUGUGAACUUGUGCGGAGGCAAACAUUCUUAUUGCUCUCGAGGUUGUUGCAGAGAGACUACGUGAAAUGGAGAGGAGUGCUGUUUCUUCGGUUCCUUUUGUCACUCGUUGAUGAAUCAGAAAAGAUUAGACGGUUAGCAGACUUUCUCUUUGGAAAUAUUUUGAAAGUCAAGGCUCCUCUUUUAGCAUAUAAUAGUUUUGUUGAGGCUGUUUAUGUUUUGAAUGACUGCCAUGCCCAUAAUGGACAUCGUGAGUCUCAGGGAUCAAGAAGGGAAAGCCAAGUUUUCUCCAUUAGGGGUACUGAUGAAAGGUCAAGGUCUAAAAGAAUGCAUAUAUAUGUUUCUUUACUAAAACAAAUGGCUCCUGAGCAUCUUCUAGCAACCUUUGCCAAGCUAUGUGCAGAAAUUCUUGCUGCUGCUUCUGAUGGUAUGCUCAAUAUAGAAGAUGCAACUGGUCAGUCUGUUCUACAGGAUACUUUUCAAAUUCUUGGCUGUAAAGAGAUACGCCUCCCAUCCUCUCGUGCCGCAUCAUCUGAGACAGCAGAUGUCGAAGAAGAAGGCGGAGAAAAUGCUGCAAGAGGAAAGGCUAUUACUCAGGCGGUCAAGAAGGGCCUUAUCCAGAACACUAUCCCCAUCUUCAUAGAGUUGAAACGUCUAUUGGAAACCAAGAACAGCCCCCUCAUUGGCUCUCUGAUGGAGUGCCUCCGCGUCCUUCUCAAGGACUACAAGACUGAGAUUGAUGAAAUAUUAAUUGCUGAUAAGCAGCUGCAGAAAGAGCUUAUCUAUGACAUGCAAAAAUAUGAAGCAACAAAAGCUAAAGCCACAGUUGCUGAGGCUGCUGCUGCCACCAAACCAAAAUCAGGUGCAAAUCAAACACCCGAGGCUUCUAAGAAUCUAACCCAGACACAGGGACAAACAGUUAGAUUUAAGGAGACUAACGAGUUUCCAAGUGGUUCGAGAGUUGCUUCAGCAAUGGCAGAUGCGGCAGCUGCCGCAUUAGCUCGUUCUGUGCUAAAGGAAAUCAACAAUGGGAAAGGGACUCCCCCACUCAGUGCUUUCAGGUCUCCGAAAGUGAAGUCUGUUACUGGUGCUGGUGCAUGUGAAUCUAGAGAUGGAAAGCGCAUGGAUGUCAUCCAAUCGUUGAAGAAAAAACACUCAUUUGAUGAUGUUGAUGAAGAAAACUAACCACAAAAUGUAUCUUAAAUUUAUAUACUCCCUUGCUCUAGGUGCCAUUGGAGCCUCAAAGAGACAAUUGUGCACUCACAUACUUUGCUUUUUGCUUGUUGUUGUAAGAUGAUGUAAAUGUAUUUGAUAAAAUCUCAAUGGAUUUAAUAGUAGUUGAUAUGAUACUAUAUUUUAAUGAAAUACUCAAAUUUUAUUUAA